AUGCUCUCCAAGCCAUUUUCUCUCCCUGAAAUUCUCACAGAGGAACAGGUUGACUCAGCUAUUCAGCAUCUCUCCAAUUUCAUCUCCGACAACGUAAAAAUCAACUCCACAAUCCACAACCCAUCUGACAGGAAAACUGACCUUCCACUAUCGAUCCAAUUCCAAAUUACCAAAAAACGCAGGCUAAGAUCCAUCUGGCAGAGGACCAGGAACCCGGAUAUAAAAACGCUACUUAACCGACAAAAUCGUUUAGUCAGCGAUCUCCUACAAUCAAAUCGCGACGAAGAGUGGUCCAAUUUCCUGUCCUCAAUCGAUAUUGGUCCCCAAGGGUGGUCCCGACUUUAUAAGCUCAAUAGACGACUUCUCAGGAAAUCUACAGCUUCCCAUCCACUUAAGGACGAUCAUGGUUUCCUCCACUAUGAUUCUCUCGAAAAAGCCAACAUCUUCGCUUCAAGCAUGGAAAAUCAAUUUUCUCCUCUGGCUAGUACUUCGUGGGUAGACGAAAUAGUACAAGACACCCUGGAACAACACUUAAACUCGAUAUACGACAAAAACAUCUUCUUUUCUCCAGGCGAAAUCUGGAACAAUCUUCGCAAACUCCCCAAUAAAAGCGCCCCUGGGCCUGACCUUAUAUCUAACUGUGCUCUCAAACGUGGGGGGAAAAAACUUGCGAUCUACUUGUGUAAAAUAUUCAACUCUUGCACUCGUCUAGAAUAUUUUCCCAACCAGUGGAAAAUUGCUGAUAUAAUUAUGAUUCCUAAGCCGAAAAAAGACCCAAAAAUCCCAACCAACCACAGACCUAUAUCUCUCCUGAACACGAUGGGUAAACUAUACGAGAAACUCUUACUCUCCAGACUUAAAAGUCACAUAUUGCCUCAAAUCAGACCUGAACAAUUUGGCUUUCGCCCCCAGCACAGCACUGAAAUUCAACUAGUCAACUUCAUAGACAACAUAACAAAUAAUAUGAACAGAAGGCUAAAAACAGCAGUAACUCUCCUUGAUAUAGAAAAAGCUUUUGAUAAGGUAUGGCACGAGGGCCUUUUAUUCAAACUCCUGGCUAUGCAAGUACCUCAACAGCUGGUCUCCAUCAUUCAGUCAUUUCUCAAAGAAAGGAAAUUCUGCAUAAAAAUCGACGAUACCAGAUCUUCCCCCAAGACCAUAAGAGCUGGAGUCCCUCAGGGGUCAUGCCUCUCUCCGCACCUAUUCUCCGUAUACAUCAACGAUAUGCCAUUAUCCUCCAAAGCCAAGUUAGCCCUCUUCGCUGACGACACAUUAUUUUACGCUGAUAGCAUAUCCCAAUCGUGUGCAAUUAAAAACCUUCAAGCCCAGAUUGAUCUCUCGAUCGAAUGGUUCCAUCAGUGGAAAAUAUCAAUCAAUCCACUCAAGACCUCAGCCAUUAUGUUCAGCAACAAGCAGACUAGAGCGGGAGAUUGCGUAAAAUUUGGCGACACUCCCAUCAAAUGGUCAAAUAACAUCAAGUACCUAGGGGUCACCAUAGAUAAAAAGCUAUCUUUUAGCACUCACGUAAAAAACAUCAUCACCAAGGCUAAAGGAGCCAAACAUUCCCUUUUUCCCCUUAUUAAUAAACGCAGUCCUCUUUCAACUAUUUCAAAACUACAUAUAUUCAAAACCUACAUCAGACCUAUCCUGACCUAUGCGGGACCUGCAUGGACGGCAAAUAUUUCCAAUAGCAGCUGGUCAAAACUAGAGGCAGUUCAGUCUACUACCCUGCGUCAAAUUACUGGACUGGACUGGUAUGUCUCCAACGAAACCAUCAGAUCAUCCUUAAAGACUCCACCACUAAAAGAUCACUUAUCAAAAAACAAAGUUUCACUUACUCAACGCACCAAAAACUCAAGCUUCAAGCACAUCUCCGACAUUCUCUCCAAAAACUCACCCAAGGAGCACUUCAUUAAAAAACCACUUUCUUAA